GGGAAAAUAUAGCAGUAUAUUUGUAUUGAAAUUGGGAAUAUAUUCCAAAGUAUUUGGUGAUUUUGGGAAAUAAGGCACUUUUAUGCUUAGGGGGAAAAAAAUCCUUUAUUUGGCAGCAAAACUGUGCAAAAAAAAUCUCUGUUACUGCUCAAGUUAAUCCACGGUGGAAAAAGUGCCUGGUACACAUGAACCUGUUUACCGUAUAUCUGUGACAUAUUUUUCUAGUGUGUUAAGUUGUCAUCCCCAAUGGUCUUCAUAAUGAGAUUAUUUUGUGAGGUGGGGGACUCUUUGUGAAGUUAAUUAAUGUGUUUUUCGGUUUGAUGACGAGGAGGAUCAGCUGAUGUAGGAUGGAAUGUACUGUGUUAGUGGAGACAACCAAACGACAGAAGAAGAAGGUGAUUACACCUAACACCCCAGAGCAGGACCUGUAUCUGGCUAUAGAGCGAGGUGAUCUCCAUGACGUCCAGGUUCUGCUGGAGAGAGGCGUGGACCUGUCCUACAGACUGGAGGGCUGGUCACCAUUGACGGUUGCCUGUGAAUACGGACAUGAGGAAAUUGUAGACGCUAUUGUGAACCAGCUGAAAAAUGAUGAACAGAAUAAUAAAAGGAAGCAGAGAGUGAGUGAUCGUCUGAAUUAUGUGUCUGUGUUAGAAACUCUAAAUGAUAACGGGGACACCCCACUGAUAUGUGCUGCCAGAGCAGGUCACUUAGACAUAUGUAGUCUCCUCCUGGAAUCUGGGGCCUACAUCAACCAAACCAACCAACAUGUCCGACAAACGCCACUCCUGGUGGCGGUGGAGCAUGGUCACAUGGACGUGGUGGACUUCCUGUUAGACUGCGGUGCAGAUGUACAGCUCACAGACAACAUACACAUUACACCGCUUUACGCUGCCAUCAAGGCACGGAAUCCACCCAUGGUUCAGCGACUAAUUCAGGCAGGCUGUGAUGUUAACCUUGGAAGUCAGGACCAUGCACCACUCUUCCUUGCAGCCAGACUCAAAUUGCUAUCAGUUGUACAGAUGCUGAUCAAAGCAGGCUGUAACAAGAACAUCACUAUCAAGUAUGACGUCACCCCGUUAUAUGAGGCUACAUUUAGAGGUCACUCGGACAUUGUGGAGUUCCUUGUCAAUGAGGAAUGUGAUGUCAAUAAGACAGACAUGUAUGGCGUCAGUCCUCUCCACAUUGCGUCUAUGUAUGGUCACCUGAACUGUGUCAUCCUCCUAAUUCUGGGUGGUGCUGACAUGAGGCUAAGGAUGCAGCACGGCCAGACUGCCCUUCAGGUUGCCAUGGAGAUGAACCAUGCGGAUGUUGUGGAGUACUUCCUGUGUAGAGGAGAAGACAUUCUCAGUAAACCACAUGGGAGUAACAGUCUGAAGAUAAUAGCGACAGUGUUUGAGAAAGGCCACAAAGAGACAGUGGAGGUUUUACUGAGAGGCUGUGCCAACCUUGUCCUGUUACAUUACCCUAGGGUCACAGAGAUGUUCUGUAACAACAAACACCUGUUGGAGAUGCUGUUUAUGUCGGGGAUACAGACCAUCCCUGGGGUCCUGACAGUGCCUAAGCUUCACCCAAAGUAUGUCUGCAAUCCUGUCGCCGCUAAGUGGCUCGAUGAGUACCACAAGAAACCUCGCUCUCUCAAAGCCUUAUGUCGUAUUCGAGUGCGCCGAUGUCUAGGGAAUAAAGUACUGUGCCUAUCCAAAGGACUGCCACUACCAGCCGUUGUCAAGGACUAUAUCUGUCUGGGUGACAUGUACGGAGAAUAAGGUUCUGUGCCUAGCCAUAGGAUUACCACUACCAGCCGUUGUCAAGGACUAUAUCUGUCUGGGUGACAUGUACGGAGAAUAAGGUUCUGUGCCUAGCCAUAGGAUUACCACUACCAGCCGUUGUCAAGGACUAUAUCUGUCUGGGUGACAUGUACGGAGAAUAAGGUUCUGUGCCUAGCCAUAGGAUUACCACUACCAGCCGUUGUCAAGGACUAUAUCUGUCUGGGUGACAUGUACGGAGAAUAAGGUUCUGUGCCUAGCCAUAGGAUUACCACUACCAGCCGUUGUCAAGGACUAUAUCUGUCUGGGUGACAUGUACGGAGAAUAAGGUUCUGUGCCUAUCCAAAGGAUUACCACUACCAGCCGUUGUCAAGGACUAUAUCUGACUGGGUGACAUGUACGGAGAAUAAGGUUCUGUGCCUAUCCAAAGGAUUACCACUACCAGCCGUUGUCAAGGACUAUAUCUGACUGGGUGACAUGUACGGAGAAUAAGGUUCUGUGCCUAUCCAAAGGAUUACCACUACCAGCCGUUGUCAAGGACUAUAUCUGACUGGGUGACAUGUACGGAGAAUAAGGUUCUGUGCCUAUCCAAAGGAUUACCACUACCAGCCGUUGUCAAGGACUAUAUCUGACUGGGUGACAUGUACGGAGAAUAAGGUUCUGUGCCUAUCCAAAGGAUUGCCACUACCAGCCGUUGUCAAGGACUAUAUCUGUCUGGGUGACAUGUACGGAGAAUAAGGUUCUGUGCCUAUCCAAAGGAUUACCACUACCAGCCGUUGUCAAGGACUAUAUCUGUCUGGGUGACAUGUACGGAGAAUAAGGUUCUGUGCCUAGCCAUAGGAUUACCACUACCAGCCGUUGUCAAGGACUAUAUCUGUCUGGGUGACAUGUACGGAGAAUAAGGUUCUGUGCCUAGCCAUAGGAUUACCACUACCAGCCGUUGUCAAGGACUAUAUCUGUCUGGGUGACAUGUACGGAGAAUAAGGUUCUGUGCCUAGCCAUAGGAUUACCACUACCAGCCGUUGUCAAGGACUAUAUCUGUCUGGGUGACAUGUACGGAGAAUAAGGUUCUGUGCCUAGCCAUAGGAUUACCACUACCAGCCGUUGUCAAGGACUAUAUUAUUACCACUACCAGCCGUUGUCAAGGACUAUUACAUCUGUGUGUUUGCAAGUCAUUUAGCAACAUCAAAACUGUAGGACAUCAGGUGAUCACCAUUCGGAUUAAUAUCCAAAUUAUUUCAUUUUUAAUUGAAUGCAGGAAAAAACCCAUUUACCAUCAAUGAACAGAUGUGUUUUGCAUUAGAACAUAUUGAUUUUAAGCUACUGGUCAAGUAGAGCCUUGUUAGUUAUUAAAUCACCAUUUAGGAGUGUGCAGCAAUUUUAUUUUAAUCAGUAUGUCUUUUUCAUAUUCACUUUCAUUAACAAGUUUUUAUAGUGAAGAUUAAUGUAAAUGUCUUUAUAGUUCUUGAAUGGCGGACCUGUAUUUACUGCUCUCCCCAUGGGAUUGUUACGGGUACAAUUGUGUGGAUGACAGAACAAUAGAUUGGUAUUGCUGAAAGCCUUUUGUCUUUCAUAGGUGGACGUGUGCUUCGUUAGUACUUGUAGUGGUGGAGCUGUGUACAUAUGAAGUCGUGGUGUAUAAUUUAUGAAAGAUUUUUGAAUUUUGCUCAUAUUUUCAAUCAAAAGGCAGACUGUGAUGUUGUUGACAGUCUGGUACAAACAGUUAAUACACACUGAUGUUGUCGACAGUCUGGUACGAACAGUUACUACACACUGAUGCUGAGUCUGGAACAAGGAGUUGCACCUAACAGGUGUCGCGAUUAUUUCAGGGAUUUUAAAAUCUGUAGAGUUAGCUGCGUUUACUGCUACGUGAAGAAUUCAGUGCAAUAAGAUAGAAUUAUGCUGGCGUAUAUGUAUAAGUCUAGCCACUCAACUGUCAUGAACUGUUCUUUGAAUCUGAUUUUUUUAUGUUUUUUUUUUAUUGUAAUUCACCGGUGCUUGAUUUAUGAAUGGAGAGAAUAACAUAGUCAUUUUAGUACCGGUGUUUCUGUCAUUAUACUACAUUUUUUCAUACUAGUAACUAGGAAUAAUGUAUACCAGGACAUUUUCGCUCAGUCAAACUUUUGCCCUUCGCUGGUAAAGUCCAUAUUCGAUCAGUUUUAAAUUCACCUUCACUUUUAAUUACUAUGUAUGUAAGUUGUUUACUGUGGUUUGUUCUCGUUACGAAGGUCGAAAAAGGCAACAUUCAACUGCAGCAAAAAUUUACCAGUAAACGGUAUAUGUGCAUUGUACAUGUAGUACUUGGUAGUACACUUAACCAGUAUUAUACAUGUAUAUGUGAUACUGGUUAGUGGGUAUACUACCUUUUACUUAAUCUCAAGAUUACUAAUAUUAAAUAUCAGAAUUCUCAAUCAUCUCUGUUGAUAUAUAUUUUACAUCAUGGAAAAUAAGGUUUGGCAUGAUUUUGUUGGAAAAGAGCUGAAACUGUUUUCAUAAAAGCUUCAAAAAGAUUUUAAAAAUCUAAUGUAUUUAUUCAUUGAAAGAAAAGUUUUAAAGGAAUUUAAUUUUACGGACAAAGAAUCACACCUUCUAGACUCUAAACAACUUUUUAACUUGAUCUUCAUUUUAUUUUGUAGUUACUUUGAGGUGGAAUGUAAAGUUCUGGUGAGAAAAACAAGUUUUUAGUGUUUGGCCAAGAUUUUUAUUACUUUGUGAAGUUUAUAAUUGUGAAGGUCUAUAUGUUUGAUUGUUUUCUCUAACAGAAAGUUUUCUGUCAUGAGUGAUUUAAAAGAUUCAUUGACAAAAGCCAGACCAGGACCAUUAUGUGUUUUUAUGAGAUAUUGUUUAUGCUUUGUCUAAUGACAGAUACUUUUUAGAGUACCUUUAUUUUUUGUCGUACAUCAGUUACAGUAUUUUUCUUCCCCCCCCCCCGUGACUUUUCCAAAUGUUUUGUGUUGUACAGAUUGUAUUCUGAUAUGAACAUGUCUGUGCUGGUGGUAGUAGUAGCAGCUGGUUCUGCGACGUCUAUGUUAUAUUGAUGUUUGGAUGGCUUCUCUCUUGCCCUUCGUCUCUCCUUGAGAAUCCACUUCAUAAUUCCUUCCUCAAGGAUCUUCCUUCUACUCAAUUCUUCACUUUACAAAACAUUUCCUUCUACUGGACUCCUCACAACACACUUCAAUUUAUUCUUACAGUACUAUCUAGGUAAAUCAUUUGAAUUAAAUGAAAAUAUGUAAUUUAUGUAAUCAUUUAACAAUUUCUUUUGAGUUUUCCUGAACUUUUAUAUGUUAAGUUAUGUUAACCUGUAUGGAGACAUUGAUUGUUCUACACAUAUAUCCUGUUUUCACAUUGAUUUAGAGUACAUUGUGUUACGAUUUGUUUUGUAGAAAUAUACAUACAGUAGUUUACAUUUAGUUUAAAUGGCAUGCCUCCUUUCAUUGAUGUAUCCAGCCAUUUAUUAGGAUAUCAUUGUUAAGUUGUAGUUGGCAGGUAUUACUACAUGUUUUGCUAAAAAUAAAAAAAUCUCAUAAAAAGUGGGAAUUGAAAUGAAUUUGAUUAUUAUCAGAAACAGUUAUUGGUUUAACAGUAACCAUAGUAUCGCAGGUAACAAAGCUUUUUAAAGAAUUACAGAAUAUCUGCUUUUGAUCUGUAUUUUGCAAAAUCCAGACUGACAUUUAACUAUAAGAUACUCCAUAUAUUGUGUAUGUACAUUAAUGUUUGAUAUUUUACAUUUGUUGAAAACCGAUGUAUAUAGCUUUUUUUGUAUAUUAUUGUGUACUUAUUACUGAUAUACACAGGUAGCACCCAUGUGGUGAGCCCCUACCCUGUUUGUUAGCACCCCCUGUGGUGGGCCCCCCUACCCUGUUUGUUAGCACCUCCUGUGGUGGGCCCCCCUGACCUGUUUGUUAGCACCUCCUGUGGUGGGCCCCCUACCAUGUUUGUUAGCACCUCAUGUGGUGGUCCCCCUACCCUGUUUGUUAGCACCUCCUGUAGUGGCCCCACUCUUGCUAUAUCUAGUCAAACCUGGGUGCACCACAAGAAAUUAUAUGUAAACAAAUUAUAGCUAUUAUGUUUUAAUCUUUUUCAAUUUGACAUAAUGCCAAACUCUUUACCCAGUAUUUAGUUGAAAAGACACAUUAUGUUUGUUAUCCUCCCAACUUAAAUGGAUAUGAUAACAAUGAUUUAAAUCAUAAUAAAUGUAUGUAAAUUGCAAACAUUUCUUUUUUUUAAAUCAAAUUUUUCCAAUUUACAUUAAUCACUCUUGUUGGCCAGGAUGCCACAUAAGGAGUCUUAAUGUGGAAGGUUACCAAAGUGCCUGGUGAAAACCAAGUGGUUGAGCAGGUGACCCAAUAUCUGUUCAUGUCUGAUUAUAAGUGAUAGGGAAUUAAACCCCAGCCGUCUCGGUGAAAGGUAGGUGGGAUAUCCAUUGUGCCACCCGACUAUCUGAUUGCAUACCUUUCGAUAUUACCUAGUUUUAUUUACCUAUGGUUAUCGUUGCCUAAUAUUUAAUGUUAUUGGAGUAAUGAGUUUAUAUAUAUGUAUUGUAUGUAUUUAACAUGAAGAAUGAUGAAGUGCCUUGUACACAUGGUCAGAACAUCAAUCAAGUGACGGGCAGGUAUCACGAUCUACUAGUGUUAUCAGCAAAGAGACGAUUUCCAGUUCAAAGUGGAAGUCAUAUGCAUAGAUUAAAGAGUAACGCCUGUAAUAGCUCGGCCUCCUAGUGAAUGUAAAGGCGACUUUUUGUGUUAUAUGUGUAUGGAGUUCGGCUGCUAAUCAGCUGGAGUCACUAGAUCACAUUGAAGGAAUUGGGGUGUGAUGUAACGAUUAGAAAAUACAUUUUUUAUCGAUAGGUUUUAAUAAUGAGUUUGCGUCUAAGAAGAAAACCAGAGUUACGCCACAAUCGGUACAUUAUCUGGGUUUCUAACGAUGCGGUCCUACGUUGUUUGUCAGUCUAUUUUGGUACUGGGAAGUUAUAAGGGCAUAAUAUUGAUCUAGCAUGCUGACCAUUUACUUAACUCUAUGCUUAGAUUGUAGUGUUUCAGAUAAUCUAUGUAAAUAUCCUAGAAUAUGAUCGGUUUCGUUAAUGUUUUUACUGUAAGCUGUAUGCCAUACUAGAUGGGGUACAUUUUAGAGACUUCUUAGAGGUUGGAUCUGUUUAUAAUUAUUGUGCACAUUUAUAACUGUCAACAUCAUUCAGUUAAUCAACUUGUUUCUCGGGCAUAUCUCUGGAAAUGUCAGUUAUUUUCAAAACAUCAUUGAUUUCUAUUUCAUUGAAUGGAGAUGAGAGAUACAAAUCAUUUAACAGAAAUACCUUUUGAUUCUUCCCCCUCAACCCAAACUUAUCGCCACCUCGUCACGGAAAGUGUACUGUCUUGACCACUGUCCAUUUCCACCUGGUCAUACAUUGGGUUCAGUAAAUGGUUUUAAAUUUAUGUCUUUCAUAUGUUUUAUUUAUUGUAUAACUGGAUGUAUAAUUCUGCUGUCACACUUAAGAAACGUGUUAAGUUUAGUGUAUUGGUUUCACUGAGAUUUUCGCUGUAGAUUAUUGUUACAUUAUUGAUAGUUAUCACUGCUGAUUGUCUGUUCACAUGUUACUAGGAGUCAGCACCAUACACGAUUAUUGAUGGUGCUAGCUGUCCAUUGUUUUCACCGGUAUUGUUUUUUAAUGAUUUAACAUAAUGAUUAAAACUGUUAUUUAAUAGA